UCAAAAUGGCGUCGAAUAAGAGAAAGCAGGACGAAAAGCAUUUAAAAAUGUUGCGAGAGAUGGUUUCUCUCCCUAGCAACAAACAAUGCUUUGAUUGUCACCAAAGAGGUCCAACAUAUGUUAACAUGACCAUAGGUUCCUUUGUAUGCACAUCUUGUAGCGGCAUUUUACGGGGUUUGAAUCCUCCACACAGAGUUAAAUCCAUCUCAAUGGCUAGUUUUACACCAGAAGAAAUGGAUUUUCUUAAAUCGCAUGGCAACGAGCUAAAUAGGAAAGUAUUUUUAGGUCUGUAUGACAGUCGAUCUUGGCCAGAGCCAGACUCAAGAGAUGAGCAGCGAGUACGUGAUUAUAUGGUACAGAAGUAUGAAAAUAAAAGAUGGUAUGUUGCACCCACAGAGGCGAUGAAGGAAGAGGCUAAGCGAACCAAUGAAGCAGCCCUCAACAGUAAACCUCAGGUCAAGCCAUUGCGCUCAUUGCUAGGAGAAAAUGCAUCCAAGUUAACUGUUGGAGCAGCACCUGUGAGUUGUAACAUCUGGAAUUUUUUGAUGAUGCAGACACCACCAGCCACUCAUGCGCCAGUCACAGUUUCAGUCCCGCUGCCCAGUGGAUUUAAGUCUCCCCCAGCAACAAACAACAUACACGCCAGUGGUCAGCCUCCCGCCAAACCAUCAGGUUUUGAUCUGCUAGGGGAGUUGGGCGGAGACCCGUUUGCAUCCAAUUCACAGGCUAAGAACAAUCAUAAUGAUGGAGGUUUUGCAGAUUUCAGCAACUUUGAUAGCUUUAGUGCAUCUGUAGCCCAGCCCCCUCCUCCUGCAGCAGUACCAUCACAGCCACAUUUAGCUCAGCAAGCUUUCCCUAUAUCCAGUACUCCACUUCAACCUCUGGGAGUUGGCCAACCCCCUGCCCAGCCAGCAACCACAAAUACUAGACCUUCAACUGUGUCCACUGGGGACAGAUACGCUGCCCUAGCGGACCUUGACAGCGCAUUCUCUGCUCCUGCCACUACAGCGACAUCCAUCAACUGGGGUGGGACGGAAGGUGGGGCAAUCAAUUGGGGUGGCACCAGUAGUACUGCCAGCACUCCUUCCCAUAGUACAUCUGGUCUUAGCUGGAGCACAACAGGUGCAUCAGCAGGUGGCCCUAUCAACUGGAACAGUCAAGGCACCACCCCCACAUCAGCUGGGUUUGGUAUCUCCUCCACAGGCAAUCCUGGGAACCCAUUUUUACAUUCCUCGGCAGCUAACCCUUUUGGUGGCAGUGGAGGUGCAGGAAUCAGUGCUUUCUCCUCUGCUGCACCCGUGUCUACAGUGAAUCCAUUCGGGGCAGCAGCGCCAACAUCAAUGACACACUUCUCCCAAGCCGGGGGCAUGGUCUCCAUGCCAGUGUCCACGUCGGCUGGGUUCGGCGCCCACUUUGCUGCGCCAGGUCAGCCCGCAGGUUUCGGCCAGUUCCCACCUAUGCAGAAUGGUGGGUAUGGGAUGACACCCACAACAGCUGGUUAUGGCGGGGCCCAGGGCUUCAUGAUGCCCUCACAAGCUGGUGUUGUGCAGAACUCGGGGUGGGGCUCCAUGGGUGGAAUGCCACAAGGAGGGCCUGUCCAGCCUGUGGCCAACCCUUUUAUGAAUACAGCAAUGCACCAGCAAGUUCCGCCUCCCAGUGGCUCCACCAACCCAUUCUUGUGACAACUUUGAUAUUGUUUACCAUUUUUCAUCAAUUUCAUACUAGUGACCUUUGAACUUAGAGGACACUGGGGAUAAGCUAUCACUUGGUUCAUAAUAAUAAGAAAAGCUAAAUACCUUUCCUUGGACAGAAUACAAAGAUGCUUUCAAUGUUUAUGUCUAUCAGAUCCUAAUGGACAUUUUUGAACUAUACUUACAACAUGGUGGUGUUGACUUCUGUGAAAAGCCCAAGCUCAAUUUAGUUGGAGAAAAGCAUAUUUUAAGUUUUAAGAAAAUUUCUGAUAAGGAAUUCUACAUACUUCUUAGUCAUUCAUUUGUAUGUGUAUUUAUAUAUGUAUGUAAUUAGAUGUAACAAGACUUUGGGUAUGGAGUAAUUAGUAACCCACAAGAUACUUCACCAUCUACACCGUGGUUGUGUGAAUAGUUAACUGUAAUUUUCUUUCAUUACAUAAUCAGAACAUAAUGCCCUUAAUUAUAGUAAGCAAAUAUUUUAGGUAAGUGCUAGAUAGAAAAUAAACUUAUUUAAUAACGAACCCAAAUUUCCACUCUAGAAAAUAAUGACAUGUUUAUUUGGGCAUGAUUCAACAUUGUUUUCAAACCAAAAAAAAGUAACUUGCAUUUGUAGCUGAAUAGUUGCAUUGUAUUAAGUUUAUUGAUAUUCAAACUAUUUUUUUUGCCAAGAAGAAUUAUGUUGUGGUGUAAUUUUUUUAGUCAAGUUAAAAAGGAAGAUAUGCUUCUUGAUUAUUUUUAUAUUAAUAGAAUUAAGUAUUUAAAUAAUAUUUUGAAAGAGCUCAUAGGUUUUUUUUGUUACUGAACUGGAUCAUCUAAAUGAAAGAAGAAAAUUAAGAAAUUGAUUAAAAUGAAUAUUUUGUUAAGAUUUUAAAAGCUAGUUUAAUGUAUUUUUUUAAAACAUAAGCUUUUAAGGAGAAAAACAUACAUGUUAGCAAAUUAUUCCAAUAGAUCUAUAUUUAUUUUUUUCUUCUGACCGUAAAUAAUGCUCUCACUUUAACACCCACUCUGCAUUAUUUCUGCUAAACACCAUUGUACACUAAUUUAAAAAUCAAUCUUUAGAUUUUGGUUUGUUAAAUAAUUUAUUCUUUGUUAAUGUGUUGUAUGUCUCCUUGUGUAAAUUUAAGGUGCAUGAAUGUGUACAUAUAUCUUGCUGUGUAUUUUGUAUAUAAGUGUAUAGCAGCACUUGAAAAAAAAAUAUCUUUAAUUUACUUCUUAUUUUAAGGUAUUUUUGAAAUGACUGUUUGCACAAUUGUUUGCACAGUAGUAUUAAAACUGUUUUUACUGGUUAUGCAGACAUCUUUAUUUGCAUGUAUUUCAUUUUGCUGUUAGUCUUUGAACUUUGCUUUGAAACAGGCUUUAGUAUGUCAAUUAAUUAUCUGCUGCUGUU